AUCUCGAAUUUCUUACAAAUGUAACUGUUUGUAAAGAGUAUUUAGCAGGUGCCACUCCGUUUGCUAAUCAAAACACUUAACAAUGCAGUGAAAGCCCCCUCUUUCAAAUAGAAUGAUAAGAAGUGCAGUCGCCUUUAGAGGAAACAAAGGAGUCACGGGUACCGUCACCGCCACCGCCGGAGAUGUCAGGCUCCGAGCAGUCGUGGGAAACGCCGUUCUCAGCGGCGACGCUUCCACAUUCGACGUCGACGACUUCUCCCUUUCCCUCGAGAAACCCGGCUCCUUCAUUGUCGAUUACGAUGUUCCCAAUCAGGAUGUGCGGUUUCAGUUUAUGAACAGUGUAAAUGUGUUGGAGAAGCUGGUGAAUUGGACAUAUAGUCAUUCAAAGAAUGAAAAUCGGACGGUUUUGGACGGGACUCUCGCUGUUGACCCACUUAAUAAGUUAUAUGCUAGAUAUGAAUUGGGUUCAAGAAACUGUAAGUUGAAGUAUAGCUAUAUGCAUAAGGGAGUUACAGCAUUUGAGCCAGGCUAUGAUUUUGGGAAGAAUUCUUGGGAUUUGGCUGUUUCUCAUAGAGUUAAUAAUGAUGUUAUUAGAGUUUCUUAUGAGUCUCUGAGCAAGGACUUGGGCGUUGAGUGGUCUUGGAAUUCCUUGCUAAACAAAGAGGGAGGUGUAAAGAUUUUGGCCUCUUUGAACCUAGCAGAGGGGCUAUGCAUGCCGAAACUGUCUGCUGAGAGCUCGUUGAGUUUUGAGAUGUAGGACUGCCUGAAAUUGUGUUUCGAUAUACAGAAAAUGAACUAGUUCAGCUCAAAUUGCAGGGUUUAACUUAGCUUUAUCAUGCUGUUAGUCAAUAAAUCCCGCCCAAGAUUCUGUUUUCUAUCCUAUCUUUCCACGCUCAAGUGUAUUGUAUCUGAAUUUGGUUCCAAAAUUCAUAACUGCAAUAACUUGAUCCGUCACUGCCAUUUGGUUCCAAUA